AUGUUUUUUUUUUUUUUUGUGUGUGUGUGUACGUCUCAUAUAUGUACACUGAAAUAUUUGAAUGGUUUUAGAGUUGGAGUUCAUACAUUAGAAGAUGCAAGCUGUACAGACUUAAAAAGACAGUGGGGAAAGGUAAAAGAUGAUGAAGAGUCAACAUAUUUUCCUAAGUCUGUUGAGGAGUUUUGCCAUGUGAAGCUACCACUAAAGAAUAUUCAAUUGAAUGAUGUUGAAUCAAUUCGUGAACAGCUGCUUAGUGGAGCACCAAACAGCUCCCUUGCAAAGCACAUUACUGGAAGAAAAGUUUUGCAAAAGGAAGUCAUCCAGGAACAAGAUGUAGCAGCUCCCAAUAAAGUUAAGUUAUUGGAAGCAAUUAUUUCCAUUUCUCAAACAGAAAAUCUGAUUGCUAAAAAAUAUUCCAGUAUCAAUUUUAGUUACAGCUGUUGCACAGAAGAUUACUUGUGCGUUAAGAAGUUUGCAUUAAACAAGCAAGAACUUGAAUUUUAUGAAGAUAAAGUCUGUGUUGACACUAGCAAAGCAUUUAACAUGCUUAAAAACAUUGUGCAGGGCGAUCCUAUUUGGAAUACUGAGUGA